AUGUCUUCGCCGAUUGCGAACGGUUCCCCCGUCGCGUCCCUCGACUCCCCCACGCCCAGCAGCGGCAAGGAGUCUCCUUUCGUGGAGCGCACCAACCCCAUGGGCUCCGGUAAUGCUCAGACUGUCAGCUCGCGCGACCCCAAGGCUGUCGCCGCCGCUGCCAACGACAUGAAGAACGUGGUUCGCCGCAAGCUGACCGGCUACGUUGGUUUCGCCAACCUACCCAACCAGUGGCACCGCAAGAGUGUCCGUAAGGGAUUCAACUUUAACGUCAUGGUUGUCGGUGAAUCCGGCCUCGGAAAGUCGACCCUCGUUAACACCCUGUUCAACACCUCCCUCUACCCCCCUAAGGAGCGUACCGGCCCCAACGCCGACAUUAUCCCCAAGACCGUGUCGAUCCAGUCCACCAGCGCCGACAUUGAGGAAAACGGUGUCCGUCUCCGCCUGAGCGUCAUCGAUACUCCUGGCUUCGGUGACUUUGUCAACAACGACGACUCCUGGCGCCCUAUUGUCGAGAACAUUGAGCAGCGCUUCGACACCUACCUGGAGGCCGAGAACAAGGUUAACCGCAGCAACAUUGUCGACAACCGCAUCCACGCCUGUGUCUACUUCAUCCAGCCCACUGGUCACUCCCUCAAGCCUCUGGAUAUCGAGGUUAUGCGCCGUCUCCACACCAAGGUCAACCUGAUCCCCGUUAUCGCCAAGGCCGAUACCCUGACCGACGAGGAGGUUGCCCUGUUCAAGCAGAGAAUCCUUGCCGAUAUCCAGCACCACUCCAUCCAGAUCUUCGAGGGUCCCCGCUACGAGCUCGACGAUGAGGAGACUAUUGCCGAGAACCAGGAGAUCAUGUCCAAGGUUCCCUUCGCCGUUGUCGGUGCCAACUCCGAGGUCACUGCUGCCGAUGGCCGCCGUGUCCGUGGCCGUAGCUACCCUUGGGGUGUCAUCGAGGUCGACAACGAGGAGCACUGCGACUUUGUCAAGCUGCGCCAGAUGCUGAUCCGCACCCACAUGGAGGAGCUCAAGGAGCACACCAACAACUUCCUGUACGAGAACUACCGCUCGGACAAGCUCACCCAGAUGGGUGUUGCCCAGGACCCCAGCGUGUUCAAGGAGGUCAACCCUGCCGUCAAGCAGGAGGAGGAGCGCACUCUCCACGAGCAGAAGCUCGCCAAGAUGGAGGCCGAGAUGAAGAUGGUCUUCCAGCAGAAGGUUUCCGAGAAGGAAAGCAAGCUCAAACAGAGCGAAGACGAACUCUAUGCCCGACACCGCGAGAUGAAGGACCAGCUAGACCGGCAGCGCCAGGAACUAGAGGAAAAGAAAGCCCGCUUGGAGAGCGGCCGCCCCAUCGAAGAAAAGGGCAAGCGCAAGGGUUUCUCGCUUCGUUAA